UCUUAUGCCAAAAGGAAAGUAAACCAAAUAAGAACAAGUUAAAUAAGCUGAAGUUGUUGAUAAGAAAAUUAAAAAGACUAAAAAAACAAAAGUUAAUGAUGAACCAGCUGAAAAAUCUGUAUCACCUCCAUAAUCUCCUAUUAAAAAAGGAAAAAAAUAACAAUAAGAAAAAAAACCAAAGGUUACAAAAGAAAGAUUCAGUAUUUAAUUAUAUGAAUCUAGAUAAAUUAUAUUACCCAGAAACUCCUAAUUAAUAGUUCCCAAAUGAAUUACAAUAAAAUGUAAUUAAUGUUAUAGCUUCAUUUGGAACAUCUACAACAUUAAAGGAUAUUACAAAUAAUCUAAGUUUGUUCUAUACAAAUACUGUUGAAGAAUAAACUGUUCAUAACUUUUUAGCUUAAGCAGAAGAAAGUGGAAUUAUUUAUGAAAGAUCAGGUUAAUAUCACAUUUCCUAAGAAUUGAUCCCACCACAAGUAUUAUUAUAGAUAAAUAUGUAGCCUCAACCAAAAUUAGUAGUAACUUAAACUAUUGAAUAAGAAGCAUUACCAUUAUAGGGAAUUGAAUCUGCUGCAAAAUAACCAUUAGAUAACGAUUAAAUCGAUUUUGAAGAUUAAAUUUAAAACCAAGUAAGCGAGAAAAAAGAUGGUAUUUAUAUAUAUAUAAAUAACAAGUAAUUAAUGACAAUGAUGAUAAUCAUUUAUUUGAUAAUUGA